AUGGGUCCAAAGAAGAGCAAGAGACGUCAAACCAACGCCACCAACCCUCAACCUCCUCCCAAAACCGUGAACUGCACAAAAUGCAAUGAGCCCAUCACUAUCCCCCUUCGAUGCAGACAUGGCAAGAAACCCAUCAACUGUCGGGGCACAGACUGCACCACCGCUCAUAUCACCGAGCACAAUGCCCAAUGUCCUGCCCGAGCCACCAAGCCAAGCAUCAGCCAGUCCAUAGCGGAUGAAGAAGAGCUAGGGGUUCUCAGUCUCCUCAUCAAGCAAGAAAUUGAGAACGUGGAGGGCAUGAGGGGCAAGAAGUUGAGGUAUCUGAAUGGUAUUCCGAAAGCCGAAUUCCUCGGCCGCAUCAAGGCCAUGGGCCUGGAAGAAGCCCGGGGCCUGUCGACGAGGCUGAGGGAUGUGGCGGAAGGGAAAUUGGGCCUAGAUGUGGCCAUGUACGACGACGAGGAGAGUGAUGACGAGGAAGACAGGUGCCCAACACCUCCUGAGGAGGAUUGA